GUAAAGCGCAUGCGUCAAUAUUUUCGAAGGCCCGUGACGUGACGAGCCAGCGUGCUAAUCAAACAUUCGGGACGUUACAAAGGAUUUUUUUUAUCUUUACUAACCGUCUAGUUGCGGGUUUUAUCACUUUGUACGCCGCCUAAUUUGGGGUCGGUUCAAUUAUCACCCAGAAUGUCCUUCCCCCCUCACCUAAAUCGGCCGCUUUUGCCACCUCCUGGGAUACCUCCACAGUAUGCAGGUUUCCCCUCAGGGACUCCGAUGAUCCCAGUUCACGUGGGCAUCAUGACCUCUACCCCAACAGUAAUGUUGCCCUCUGUGACAGUGGUCAGUAAGCCUCCAGUCCAUAAGAAGGAUAUUGCUCUUCUGCGAGCCAAAGACAACGAUGAGAGCAGUGGACCCACCACCACAGUGUUUGUGGGGAACAUAUCAGAGAAAGCUUCAGACAUGCUGAUCAGACAGCUGCUUGCGAAAUGUGGGAUCGUUCUGAGUUGGAAGAGGGUCCAAGGAGCCUCUGGCAAGCUUCAAGCCUUUGGGUUCUGUGAGUACAAGGAGCCAGAGUCCACAUUGCGAGCCCUGCGGCUGCUUCAUGACCUGCAGAUUGGAGACAAAAAUCUUUUAGUGAAGGUGGAUGCCAAAACUAAGGCUCAGCUGGACGAGUGGAAGGCCAAGAAGAAGACUGCCAAUGGGAAUAAGAAGGCAGAGGAUGGAGGUGAUGAUGAGGAGGAGGUUCUGGACGAAGAAACAAAGAAGAAGGAUCAGAUAGUCAAAGGUGCUAUUGAUGGACUCAUGAGGGAAUAUGCCGCUGAACUCAAUGCACCUUCAACAGACGAGGACUCUCAGCGAAGAAAGAGAAAAAAGGAGAAAAAAGAGGAGGAUGACAUCAACACGAUUGACAUGGAGGAGGACAAGAGAGACCUGAUCUCCAGAGAGAUUAGUAAAUUUCGAGACACUCACAAGAAACUAGAAGAAGAGAAGGACAAGCGAGAGAAGGAGCGGCUGGAGUUUGAGAAAGACAGGAGGGAUCGCGAAAAGGAGCGAGAGCGGGAAAGAGAGCGGCGGGACCGCGAGAGGGAGAAGGAACGGGAGCGGGAACGGGAGAAGGAAAGAGAGCGAGAACGGGACAGAGACAGAGACAAAGACCGCGACCGAAGGCCCAGAGAGAGGGAGCGAGACCGAGACUGGGAGAGAGACAGAAGCCGUGACAGGAGUCCUGACCGUAGCAGAUCCAGGGAGGUGAGUCGAGACCGAGAUAGAGAAAAGAAACGAGACCAAGAGGAUGAAGAGGAGGCGUAUGAACGCAGGAAGCUGGAGAGGAAACUCAGAGACAAAGAAGCAGCCUAUCAGGAGCGUCUAAAAAACUGGGAGCUCAGGGAGAGGAAGAAGGCGCGAGAUUACAGCAAGGAGUCUGAGAGGGAUGAUGAGCGUCGACGUGAAAUGGUUAAAGAGGGCAAGCGGCUAAAAGAAUUUCUUGAAGACUACGAUGAUGAAAGAGAUGACCCCAAAUACUACAGGGGCAGUGCGCUGCAGAAGCGUCUCAGAGACAGAGAGAAGGAGAUGGAGGCGGACGAGCGUGACAGGAAGAGAGAGAAGGAGGAGCUGGAGGAGAUCAGACAGAGGCUGCUAGACGAGGGACAUCCAAACCCAGACGCAGAGCUACGCAGGAUGGAGGAGGAAGAGGAGGAGCGUCUGAGACAACCUCCCAUCAUCCAAGAGCCUGAGCCUGUUGUGGAACGGGAACGCCACAGGAGUUCAAGAGACCACAGAGACCGCAGACAAGACCACCAGGACAGAGUAGAGGCCCGAUCACGGCCUGCCCCCUCUGACGAUGAGGUGGAGGAGGGCGAGGAUGAUGAUUAUGACAACGAUGAAGAUAACCCUGAUGUGAAACCUUGCUUGAAGCCCACAAUGAGGCCCAUCACAGCAGCGCCGUCGGUGUCAUCGGCCAGUGGCAACGCAUCCCCGAACACACCCGGUGAAGAGUCCCCCUGCGGCAUCAUCAUCCCCCAUGAGAACUCACCCCCUGAAGCGCUGCCGCAGGAGGAGCACCGGCCAAAGAUCGGCCUCAGUCUCAAACUGGGUGCCACAGGAAGCCCCAGUCAGCCCAACACGGGUAAGAGGAAGAAGCUGCCCGUGGACAGCGUCUUUGACAAGUUUGAUGACGAGGAGACUGAUGAGCAGCCUCGCAAGAGGAAGCUGGUGCCCCUUGAUUACGACGACGACAAAAGCCUCGGGGUGGACGGAGCUGGUCUCUCCAGCAUAAAGGGGGCUAACACUGAGGAAAAACGUAAACACAUCAAGACUCUGAUAGAAAAGAUUCCCACAGGAAAGCCCGAGCUGUUCUCCUACCCCCUGGACUGGACCAUGGUAGACACGUUGUUAAUGGAGCGACGUGUUCGGCCCUGGAUCAAUAAAAAGAUUAUCGAGUACAUCGGAGAGGAGGAGGCAACGUUAGUGGACUUUGUCUGCACCAAGGUGAUGGCUCACAGCAUGCCACAGAGUAUUUUGGAUGAUGUUGCCAUGGUUCUUGAUGAAGAAGCUGAAGUCUUCAUAGUGAAGAUGUGGAGGUUACUCAUUUAUGAAACUGAAGCCAAGAAGAUUGGACUGGUGAAAUAAGCAAAAACACCUUAUGAAGAUACUUUUUUUUUUUUUCUGGAGCAUUGUGUAAAAUAGUGUAGCACAGUAUGUCAUCCCACACGACAGAAUAACAUCAGACCCUGAUCAUUCUCAUACUCGCACCAGUUGUCCAGGUCAUGAUGUCCAUUUUUUUCUCCUCAACAUACUCAGGCUACGUUCACCUCCGCUCUGUUUGUAGGUGCUGACAGUGUCUGUGCGUUUGUGUAAAUACAGUACAUCAUUAUCUGAAUAUGAUGAAAUAAUUCUGAGGUAACUGCUGACAGACACCAUGGACCAUUGUUGUGUUGCAGGAUAAGGUGUUGUGGUCCUAUAUUGACUUUGUAUACAUGCCAUCACACUUUUAAGGAACGCUUGUCUGCAGGAUCAGGUCACUUUUAGAGUCUCUGAAGUGUGGAAUCUGGCCUGUAGUUACAUGUUUAUUAAGUGAACGCACACUUUAGAGUAUGCAAAACAAGGAUGUGAUGUUUUACAGGGUUAUUUAUUCAGGGUUUUGAACACAACUCUUAAUUUCUGUCCAGUGAACAGAUUUUCCCUGUCUUCAUUUUUCUGCAUCACAUUCCUGAUGACCGUGUCAGCAUGCUCUCUUCUUGCCAACACCGUUUUCAAAGAAGCACCUUGUUGUCAUUUUAAAUGUGAUUAGACCCUCAGAAUAUCCUUGGGUGGCGGUGACAUCCUGGAGUUGUCAAAGCACACACAAACACGCAUCAUAACCACUGUAAGAAAAAUGAGCUCAGAACAUGAAAGAGAACUUUGAGGUUUUGAAGCUGUAAAGAUGCUCUCCAUUUGUUUUUGUAUUGGUGAACAUUUGAAUAAAAAUGAUUUUUAUA